GAUCCCCCGCCGCAGCCAUGUCGCAGGAAGGAGCCGCCAGGCUGCGCCUCAAGCCCAGGAAGGCGCCGGCAGCUUGCAGCCGGGAGCCCAGCCCGGGCCGGGAGUCGCCAGGGCCGCGCCCGGCAUUGACCAGCAGAGCUUCCUGGUUUGAAAAAGACAACUUAAAUGAGUUUGAAAAGCCAUGGAGUUUGUUACUGAAAAACAUCAGUCAAGAUUUCACAUGCACAAGCUGGCAAUCAGUGCCCAGUUUUCCAGAAUUCUUUGAAAAGAGUUCCGAGGAAGAGACUCCACAAAAACAAGAAGCCUUCACAGUUGGAACGAAGGACUUCCCUUGGGUACCAUUCCCAUCUUUUUGCAAAAAAGAAUGUCUAAAAGCAAAGAAUUGUAGCUCCCAGCAGGUAACACAGAGCCAGACUGACCAUCCACAUGAAGAACAGGGCCAAGCAGAUAAACUGGCAAUUUUACCUUCUACAGCUGAGAAAAUGUGCAGUGUGGGUAUUACAGAUCAAGCAAAAGAUAUGGUUGGGGAGGACCCAAAACGUAUCUCAAAACUGGAUGCAAGUCCUAAAUCAUGUGAAUUUUCUCAACCCAGUUCUACACACCACUUGGCCUUGUCACAAAGCUCUGCUCAAGCUUCUAGCUUUCAGCAGCACCACAGAAAGACUGUGCAGAAGAGCAGGGAAGAAAAUGAUAGGAAAGAGCUUCAAAUACUAAGACAUGAAGGGAGUAUUUCACCUGGUGAGGCUGGAUCUGUGCCUGCAGAAGAGACAGCUCCUCUUGUGAGCCAACCUAGAACUGAAAGCUGCAAGGAGACAGAAAACAAGAGUGAAGGAUCUUCAACUCUUGACAGUUGCCCAAUGUGUCUGAUUCCUUUUAGUGGAACGCUGUCACAAAUGGAUAUUGAUGCCCAUCUUGCCAGGUGCUUGUCUCAAAGUGCAGAUGAUGUAAUGUGGUAAAUCCAGAAGAAUGAAGAGCAAAUGAAUAAGGCCAAGGAGGAACCUUUCUCAAAGGAAAAGGGAAAAUGUGUCAAGGAAACACAUCCUUGUCUCAAACUUGCUUAAGGAUCACAAACCAGUGACUCAACAGAAGGUCAAGUGCCAUCUGCCAGGCUGGGGUCUUUUAAAUCCUCUCAAAUGCAUGUAAAGUUGUUCUAGUGCUGAAAAUGAUGCUGUACUACUGUAAAUCCCCAAGAACCCGUUUUGUCUCAUGCACCAUAGUUUUGAACCUUGAAGUGCAGAAGAAAGCAGCUGCAUAAAAAUAUCAUUUAACCUGAUCCAGUAGGUUACUGACUUUUUUUCUAAACAGGUAACCUGUGAAAAUAAGAUUAAUUAAAACAUCAUUCAAAUUUA